AUGGCAUGGGUGAAAUUCUUAAGAAAACCUGGAGGUAACCUUGGAAAAGUUUAUCAGCCUGGAAGUAUACUCUCCCUGGCCCCUACAAAAGGCUUGUUGAACGAACCGGGACAGAACAGCUGCUUUCUUAAUAGUGCUGUUCAGGUAUUAUGGCAACUUGACAUAUUUCGACGAAGUUUAAGAGGUUUAACUGGACAUGUGUGCCAGGGAGAUGCAUGCAUAUUUUGUGCUUUAAAGGCAAUAUUUUCACAAUUCCAGCAUAGUCGGGAAAAAGCACUCCCAUCGGAUAACAUGAGACAUGCCCUGGCAGAAAGUUUUAAGGAUGAACAGCGUUUCCAGCUUGGAUUCAUGGACGAUGCAGCAGAAUGCUUUGAGAAUAUCCUUGAGAGGAUUCAUUUUCACUUAGUGCCAAACAGUGAAACAGAUAUAUGCACUUCAAAAUCCUGUAUUUCUCAUCAAAAGUUUGCGAUGACGCUCUAUGAACAGUGUGUAUGUCGCAGUUGUGGAGCAUCAUCAGACCCACUGCCUUUCACAGAAUUUGUGCGUUAUAUUUCUACCACAGCUCUGUGUAAUGAAGUAGAAAGAAUGAUGGAGAGGCAUGAACGUCUCAAACCGGAAAUGUUUGCAGAGUUGCUGCAGGCAGCAAAUACUGCUGAUGACUACAGAAAGUGUCCUAGUAACUGUGGUCAAAAAAUAAAAAUUCGUCGUGUUCUUAUGAAUUGUCCUGAGAUUGUCACAAUCGGUUUAGUCUGGGAUUCGGAACACUCCGACCUGACAGAAGAGGUUAUGCGGAAUCUGGCAACGCAGCUUUAUCUUCCUGGGCUGUUUUACAGAGUUACAGAUGAAAAUGCCAAAAAUAGUGAACUUUUUCUUGUGGGAAUGAUUUGCUACACGAGCCGACAUUACUGUGCCUUUGCCUUUCACACCAAGAGUUGCAAAUGGGUGCUGUUUGAUGAUGCUAAUGUAAAAGAGAUUGGAACAAAAUGGAAAGAUGUGGUCUCCAGGUGCAUUCGAUGUCACUUCCAGCCAUUGUUGCUGUUUUAUGCUAACCCAGAUGGCACAGCUGUAUCUCCAGAAGAUGCUCCGAAGCAGAUUAUCCACUGGUCUCAGUGCAAAACAGCAGGAGGAAAUGGGGAAGACUUGGGGUUUGAAAAGCAUUCUGCUCUGAAAUCGGACCACGUGAAAGAGAAUGGAAUUGGAGACCCCACCAGUCAAAGGAGUAAUAAAAAACUUCAGCCAGAUAAUUCAGCAUUUGGUCGAAGCCAUGUUCAAGCUAGUGGUGGUAAAGGUCCAGUUAAGGUAGGUUACAGCGAUCAAAAGGACAGGCUAAAGGAUUUGUCCAGAGAGUGUGCUCAGAAAGCUGCUGAUAUGAAAAACAUCUCCUCUUUACGAAAAGAUGCAGACCGAGGACCAAGAAAAGAGUCUGGGAGACAAAGAGAUCUGAUUGGGGAAGAUCGUUCCUAUGUGAAGUCGGGGUCUCCUCCGGUUGGAAAUGGGUUUAGACACUGUGCUGAUCAGCGCCUGUACAGCAGCCAGGGACGAGGCUCCUCUAAGCACGACAGUGCACCUCAGCAAGCAAAGCUUUCUGUACAGGUGCUUGGAUCAAAUAAAACAGAAGCUUUUCCUGCUGGGGAGAAACCAGUGAUCAGGACCCGGAUUGAUGGUGUCACUGGGUACGAUACGGAUGCCAGUCAAGACUCAAGGGACAAAGGAAGUAUCAGCAGCAGCAGAAGCAGGAGUAAAGGUUGGAAACCGAUGCGGGAGACGCUCAACGUAGACAGCAUUUUCAGCGAGACUGAGAAGAAACAGCAUAGCCCAAAGCACAAGGCAAAUCCAAACAGUAGGUCUAAGCAUGAGAAGGAGCGAAGCUUUAAUCAUUGGCCGAAAGAGAACCAAAUCCAGAAAGGUUUGAUGACUAUAUAUGAAGAUGAAACAAAACAGGAUACAGGGAGUCGAAGCUCACUGGAUUCGGAGGGAAAAGGGAAUGCUGAAAAAAGCAAAGGAUUUACAGAGAGAAAAAUCCAUGGUGACAACUGGCAAAUUCAGAGGACGGAAUCAGGAUACGAAAGCAGUGAUCAUAUCAGCAAUGGAUCUGCAAACCCAGACUCACCUGUUAUUGAAGGAAAUAAUCCAGCCGAUGUCAAGAAUGUUAAAGACGGUGCUUCCUGCAGGAAGGAGGUGGCCGGGUGUUUGUCAGCUCCCUAUCUGGAUUGUGAACAGAAUUUGUCAAACAGAAGAGCUGAGAAUGUGUUACAUUCAGCAUCCCAGCAGAACAGGAACUUUUAUGACCAGAGAAAAGACCAGAUGAAUUCAGAAGUUAACUACAGACCUCACGUGAACUUCCCCACAGAAUUACAUGUGCAGGUGCCCAGUCCUCCAGUAAAGAGAGCUGAAAUGCCUGAGACGAGUAGGAAACUCUUCCCAUCAUCAGCUUUACAGCCAAUCGUUAAAGACAUUAUUAAGUCGGAAAGUAGGAACAGGGCAAAUGAACAGAAUUCUUUGGAGUGGCUUAAUCCAGACAAGCUUGAGAAGUUGAAUGUGUCAGUCUACAGUGCCGAUGGCGUAUCCCACCCUUACACAGAAAAUGUGUGUGGAAGGAAGCUGAUCAACAGUGACUUUCACUCCUCUUCCCAGCCGCAGUCUCAUCACGCAAGAACGUUUGGUCCCAAGGUGGGGUUGUCGCCUUGUGUGCCACAGAACCUGUCGGAAAGGCCCAUGGUGCUUCCCCCUCCCGCUGAGCAUGCAGGGCACCCUCUCCGAAGGGCAGAUGGUGUUUGGGUGCCUGAAGCAGUGUACCAGAAUCUUCCUCCCCCUUUACCACCUAAGAAAUACGCUCUGAACGCUUUGUCAGGAUCCGAAAAUAACUCGACAGCUGAUCUAAAAUCGACAGAAGUGUUGCAAAAUAAUCCAUUAAGGCAAACAGGUACACACCUAAAAUCUACAUCAGAAGCAAGGGUAUUCACAAAUGAGCAAAGGCUUAAAGACCCGUUUCAAGGGAGUGAACUGUUUGUUCAUAAACCGGAUUCUCCGCCUCGCUUACCAGUUAAUGACUUCUGGACCGUGUCUGAAAACUUUGUAAAGAAAGGAUCUCGUCAUACAGGACCAAGUGCUGGCUACGUGGAUGGAAAUGAUAGCGUAGCCCUAACAACGUAUUUUUCGGUAGAUAGUUGUAUGACUGACACAUACAGGAUGAAAUAUCAUCAGAGGCCCAAGCUGUAUUUUCCAGAGAGCGGAAGUUUCCACAAAGAAAAGCAUCCUCCGGCAGCUGGAGCAGAACUGAAUGCCACAUACCAUGCUACCCUUGAGCCUAGGCAUCCCACAUCCGAGCAAAGGUACAAGGCAAAUGCAGAAGGCAUACACUGUAGUAGAUAG